CCGGGCGCCAUGUUCGCCGUGAAGCCGAAAGCCGUCAUCGGCUUCAACCUCUACUGCGGCGGCUCCCCGGCGCUGGCGCCCGGCGGGCCGGGGCAGCACCCGGAGCCCGCGGCCGCCGCCGCCGCCGCCUCAGAGCCGCCCCGCGAGCGCUCCGGGGCCGCCGCCGGCCGCGCCGACCCCCCCCGCGCGCUGAUUGGCCGAGGCGCUGCGCCCCGCGCGCUGAUUGGCUGCGGCGCGACUCUAUGGCGCCCCGAAGAGGAGCUGGACGGCUGCGACCCCGAGCCCGAGCGCGGCCCCGCCGCCGAUUCUCUGCCCGGGACCCCCCCGGGACCUCCGGACGGGCUCCGACAGGACUCGCUGGAGCUCAUCAGCCGCUACCUGAGGGAAGUGGCGGGAGAGGCGCAGCCCAGCGCUAAGAAGCUUUUUCCGGGCCUCCUGGGUGGUCCCGGCCGGCCGGGCUCGGCGGGGGAUGCGGUGAUGGAGAAGGCGCUGGAAACGCUGCGGAGGGUCGGCGACGGCGUCAUGAGGAAACACGAGCUCGCCUUCCAAGGGAUGCUGAGGAAGCUGCAGAUCCAGCAGGAGGAGGACCUGCAGUGCGUGGUGGAGGUGGCAGCCCAGAUGUUCAGCGACGGUGUCACCAACUGGGGCCGCGUGGUGACCCUCAUCGCCUUCGGGGCCUUCGUGGCCAAGCACCUCAAGAGCAUCCAGCAGGAGCAGAGCGUCAGCAGCCUGGCUGGGAUCAUCACAGACGCCCUGGUGUCCUCCAAGAGGGAGUGGCUGGAGAGCCAGGGGGGCUGGGAGGGCUUUGUGGACUUUUUCCGCGUGGAGGACCUGGAGAGCAGCAUCCGGAACGUUCUGAUGGCCUUCGCGGGGGUGGCCGGCCUGGGCGCCAGCCUGGCCUACAUGAUCCGGUGAGCCUGGAGCUGCCCUGGACGCGUUUGGGGAGCAUUUCGGGGAGCAUCUGGGGAGAACUUUGGCUCCCUGGGGCUGCACAGCUGCCCUGCUCCCUCUGAAGCUGGACUUGAGUGACCCCAGGAGGACGUGGAGCUGUCCCCGGAGCCCAGCUGGUUGCUGAGGAAGAGGAAGGUGUGAUCCCAGCUGAUGGAUGGAGGAUUUGUGGCUUUGGGAAGAGAUUUUUUUUCCCUCUCUGCUUCCCUCAAGUGGACUUGGCUUCACUUGGAUCCCAGAGGGAACCAUCUCCAGCAGCUCCUGCUGGGCUGGGCGAGGCAGCUGAGCCUGGAGCAGAUGUUUUGAGGCUUGUGGGUUGUGUGGGGGUUUUUUGGUUUUUUUUUUAAACUUUUUUUUUUUUUUUUUUUCUGGAAAUAGCACCUUCUGCUGCCUCUCUGCCCUGCCUAAACUCGCAGCUCUGCUGCUCUGGAGCAGAAGCACUGCAUGCUGGAAAUGUUGUGCCAGCCUGCACCUGCAGCCAGGUGCUGCCAGGGAGUGCCCAGAGCUGUGCCAGAGCCGGUGCCACCGAGCUGGAGCCCUGCCCAGCCCCUUCCCUCCCCUUGGCACAGGGCUUGGAGGUUUGGGGUCACCCCAAACUCAGUCCUGGCCCCACUCACACAGCCAGUUCAGAAAUAACAAAUGCAUUUUGUAAUUAUGUAAAAAAAAAAACAAACCACCCCACCCCCAGUUGGCUGGGGAGGAUGUAGAGAACCUGUAAAUGUCUAUAAAUCUGUAGAAUAUAUACAUUUUUACAGAGCUGACGAUACAAAAAAAAGGAGGAAUUCGUUGUGAAUGUGGCUUCAUUCCUGAGGGAAGCAGCAUUUUUGACUCCACUCCAGCCUUUGCACCUGGGAGGGUGACAGAGGGUGACAAGCAGCAAUGGCCUGGCUGUGACCACGGCUGGCUGGCAGCAGCUGAUGGUUCUGGUUUUGCUUUUAAAUCUUUAUUUUUUUUUUUUUUUUGGUGUUUGCUCCCUCUUGGUGGGGGUGGGGGAGCUGUGGAAGUUCAUUGUGGCCACUUCCUUCUCUCCCCUUCCUCCUCCUCCUCCUCCUCCUGCGAGCCAUGAGCUGGACAGAGCUGAUGGUUGAAUGUAGAAUGUUCUGGAGCUGCUCCUGCAGCUCCUUCAGGGCUCCCCACCAGGGGAUUUUGAUGCCCAAGGGGCUCCUUGCCCACCCUGGCUGCACUGGUGGGACCCCAUGGGACCCCCCUUUGUCCCCAGGUGUCCCCUGGUGCCACAGCCAGGCCCUGCUUGUGUGCACAACAAGCUGUAGUUUGGUCAAUAAAUGUCUUUUUUUUUUUUUU